AUGCAUCGUGGUCCCGUCCAUCAUCCCCCCUCCCCAGCGUCGCAUGCCGCCUGGAGUCUCCAAGGCCCCUCCCGUCCCCCCCUCCCAUCCCAUCCCCAUGUUUCUCGAUGGGUUUUGAAAAAGAAGGUUCACCCCUCGACCCAUGGCUGCUCGGCUUCGCUCUCAACAUAUCCCAUCAGCCCCAGUUCACGAAGAAAAAAAUGCUGGCGUUUACCAGAGCGCCGACGAGGAUCCACAUAUAACAGAGGGUCGAGGACGGAUAUCGAGAACAGAGGCGAGUGGAUUCUCUCCGGCCUCAACGAUUCCGUGGGGAGGUCACCCCACCAGAGCACGAUGGCUUCCGACCAGGAGAGGCAGAACAGCCUCAUCAUCACCGCGUGCUUGUUCACGGGCAUUUCAACACUCGUGGUGGUCGCUCGUACCUUCGUCCGGACUGUUGUGAUCCGAAAGCCUGGUUUGGAUGACUACGCUAUGCUCGUUGCCAUGGCUUUUACGCUGGCGUAUCUAGCCGAGAUCUUCAUGGGCAAGGCCAACCACAUCGGCUUCCCGAGGGACAGCCUGAGCAUGGAGAACAUGACCAACCUCCUCAAGAUCACUCUGGCCAUUGAAUGCCAGCCACUCCACAAGAUGUGGGACUUGACCCAGACCGUCGAGGGAGUGUGUAUCAACACCACGGCCUUCUUCUACUUCACAUCCGGCUUCAACAUCGUGACCGACAUCUGGAUUCUCGUCCUCCCCGUCAAGACUCUUUCGGGCAUUCUCCGGCCUCGCAGGGAGAAGAUUGCACUCAGCAUCAUUUUCGGCGUCGGUUUGUUCGCCACGAUCACCUCGGUCAUUCGGCUCCAUACCAUCUACACGUACACCCUUGCCGAGGACGUCUUUCGCGAAAGCAUCCUCGUCAACAUCUGGUCCAUGCUCGAAAUCAACAUUGGCAUCAUCUGUGCCAGCGUCCCCGCCCUGAAACCCCUUUUUACCCCCAAAGCCCUCAGGGAAGCAACAAACCGAAACAGACGGACAGGAUAUCAGUAUCACAGUCAGGAGAGGUCGGCCUUCAACUCAAAUGGCUCAAAUUCUAGGGACGGUGCGUUCGACCUGAACCGAGUCGGCGAGCAAGCCAACUCUAAAACAAUGUUUCAGAGCACAUCCCGCAAAUCAAGAAGCGAGGAUAGUAUACUUGGUGUAUAG